GUGCUGUCAUCAGUCGUUCGCCAUCCGAAUAACAGAAGCCAAGAUGUUCAAGUUUGUGGUAUUGUGCGCUUUGGUCGCCGCGGCGUGUGCGGACCCCGCCCUGCUCGCACCAUACACCUACUCCACCGGCGUGGUGGCUCCAGCGCCUGCCGUGUACUCCAGCUACCCCGGCGGCGUGGUCUACUCGCCGUCCGUCGCCACUGCUCCCCUGGCCUACUCCACGCCCUACGGAUACUCGCACUUCAUCAAGAAACGCUCCGUGCCCCUGGCCGUCAGCAGCUACGUCGCGCCCUCCACAUACGUGGCCUCCACUCCUCUGGUCAACUCCUGGGCUGGCGCAUACGCCGCUCCGUACCCCACAACCUACGCCGGUCCCUACGCCACCACCUACUCAUCUCCCCUGUACACUACUGCUCAUCUGAUUAAGAAGAGGUCUGCUCCUUUCGUCGUGCCAUCGACCUACGUAGCUCCUACUCCCUACGUCGCUUCCUCUCCCUACGUCGCUCCCUACGUGGCUUCACCUUACGCGGCGGCUGCCUUCUCGACCCCCUACGUCUCUGGACCUCUGGGCUACGCUCAGUUCAUCAAGAAGUAAUGUGCUCCUUUCGCUGUAGCUGAUGUGUAUACCGCCCCUGAUCCUAACGAACACCAAUCAAGAUACGACUAACCGACCAUUUCUCCUGCCACCACUAUUUACGCUACAUAUUUCUCAUUGGUGUAUAACUACUUGAACAGUGAAACAUUAAACGGGCGUAAUCUCUGCUGUAAAUUGCUAUUCUGUGUACAUUGUUGAGAAUUAAAAUUAUGAGUAAACGAUAUAAUUGUAUUUGUUCUUUAAAACCUUUUACUAUAAAUAUUUCAUUUUA